GAGCUGGAUAUUAGUGUCCACACAUUCCAAACACAAAAGAUCUUUUAUAGGUGUAUACAUAAACAACCAAACUACACCAAGCCCCACAGAUAAGGGACUAUUUUAAUUUUCUUCUCUGGCUGUAAAUUAUUGUCUUUCUUUUAGACUUUAGUGGUCCACUAACAAUAGCAAACGAAGACUUUACAAGUUCUUUGGGAAGACUUUGGUGUAGAGGAAGAAAACUUUGUGAAAGAGCAAAGCAACAAUGGCCGAUCCUGUAAUUGGUGCUACUGUUCAUGUUUUUCUUGAGAAGCUGCUUUCUCUCACUAUUGAGGAAGUCAAAUGUUUAAGGAACUGCAACAAAGAUGUCGAUAUGCUAACACAAAAUGUAUCCAUGAUCCAAGCUUUCAUUCACGAUGCUGAAAGACGACAAGUUGAGGAUCAAGCUGUGGAACAAUGGCUCAAGAGGCUUGAGAGGGUUGCUGAAGAUGCUGAAAAUGUGUUUGACGAGUUCUUAUAUGAAUCUCGCAGAAGAGAAGUGAAGAUCCGAAACAACCCAAUGAGAAAGGUCAGUGGUCUCUUUUCUCAUACAGCUUUUAAGAGCAAAAUGUCUCGAAAAAUCAAAAACAUCAACGAAGAGUUGAGUGCUAUCAAUCAGUUAGCCAAUACCCUUAGUCUCCAACCUUUAAAAGGUCCUUCUCGGCAAAUACUACCAAUUCGAGAAACAGAUUCUGUGGUAGUUGCUUCUGAUGUUGUUGGUAGAGACAAGGAUGUUGCUGAAAUAAAGGAGAAGAUGUUGAACAUGAGAGUGGAUGUUGUUAUGUGCACCAUUCCUAUAGUGGGUCUUGGAGGUUCAGGGAAAACAACUGUCGCUAAGAUAAUUUUCAAUGAUGAAGAGAUCAAGCAACAUUUUGAAAAGAGAGUUUGGUUGUGUCUACCUGAAAUGUUAGAAACUAAGAGCUUUCUUGAAUUGAUGCUCGAAUCAUUGACAGAAAGGAAACUUGAGGUCCAAAGUAGGGAUAUAAUAGUCAAGAAGCUGCAAGAUGAAUUGGGAGGGAAGAAGUAUUUGCUUGUCCUGGAUGAUUUGUGGCAUGUUGACCCCCCUACAUUGUGGCACGAUUUCGUGGACACUUUGAGAGGAAUAAAUACAUUCAGAGGAAACUGCAUUCUUGUGACUACUCGUAGGGAUCAGGUGGCAUCCUCAGUAGCAGCAGAUCCUCAUAAGUUGAAAAAAUUAACAGAUGAUCAUUGUUGGUCCAUUUUCAAACAAAGAGCAUUUGUUGAUGGGGAGGUUACAGAGGAAUUAGUGAGCAUGGGCAACAGGAUUGUUGAAAUGUGUAAAGGUCUACCAUUGGCAGCAAGUGUGUUGGGAGGCCUCUUACGCAACAAAGAAAAACAUGAAUGGCAGACAAUUCUUGGUGGCAACUCCCUUGUUGCAGGUGGAGGUGAUAGUGGGGAGAAUAAUUUAAAGAAAAUCCUAGAAUUCAGCUAUGUUUAUCUACCAUCUCCACAUCUGAAAAAAUGCUUUGCGUACUUUGCAAUGUUUCCAAAAGAUUUUGAAUUUGAAAAGGACCAACUAAUCCAACUCUGGAUGGCAGAAGGAUAUCUUCGUCCUUGCCAAAAGACCACCUUGAUGGAAGACGUCGGCAACAAGUUUUUUCAAAUUUUGUUGCAAAAUUCCUUGCUGCAAGAUGUUAAGCUAGAUGAGCACAACAAUAUAACACACUGUAAGAUGCAUGAUCUUGUGCAUGAUUUGGCUGGAGAUAUUUUAAAAUCUAAACUAUUUGAUGAGAAGAGCGACGGUGGAGAAAAUCUUUCUCAAGUUCAAUACUUUGGAUGGAACUCACCAAGAGAUAAAAUAGAUAAGAUAAAUAAGCCAGGACAUCUGUGCACAUUGUUCUUGAGAAGUAAUCAUAUAUCUGAAGAUACGCUAUUGAGCUUUCAGUUCUUGAGAGUUUUAAAUUUGUCCAGGUCAGCCAUCAAGGAGAUAUCAACCUCAAUCGGCAAGCUUAUACACUUGAGAUAUCUUGAUCUCUCCAACACUAUGAUCAAAGCGCUGCCCAACUCCAUUUGCAAGCUCUACAAUAUGCAAACAUUUCGAGUCAAUAACUGCUUUUCACUCAAGGUGCUUCCAGACGAGAUGGGAAAUAUGAUAAGUUUGAGACAUAUAUAUUACAAAUCUAAAUACAAACCAAAUUAUCAUCAUCCUACAGGUUGGGGAGAAUGGUGUAUUGAUAAUUAUCUCUUUCAUAUGCCACUUAAGAUGGGUCAAUUAACUUGUCUUCAAACCCUACAGUUUUUCAAGGUAGGUUUAGAGAAAGGUCGUCGAAUAGAAGAAUUAGGUUUUUUAAAAAACCUUAGAGGUGAAUUGACAAUCAACGGUCUGCAAUUGGUUCAUAAUAGAGAAGAAGCUGGAAGAGCAUAUCUACAGGAGAAACCAAAUAUCUACAAGCUGGCAUUUCUAUGGUCCCAUGAUGAACCAGAAGACUGUCAAAUAAAUGAUGAGGAUGUUUUGGAUGGUCUUCAACCACAUCCUAACUUGAAAACCUUAGCAGUAAUGGACUAUUUGGGGACUAGAUUUCCUUCAUGGUUCAGUGAAGAGUUGCUACCACAUUUGGUCAUGUUGAAAUUAAGUGGCUGCGGAAAUUGCAAAGAAAUUCCAUCGCUUGGCCAACUGAAAGUCCUUCGGCAUCUUGAACUGGUGGGCUUCCACACGUUGGAAUGCAUUGGGCCUCCAUUUUAUGGCGUUGAAGUUAACAAUAAUGGAGCAAGCAGCAAUAACGCUAAUAUUCAAGUGUUCCCGUUACUUAGAAAACUAGUAUUGGAGGAUAUGCCUAGCCUCACUGAGUGGAAGGGAGUGGAAUUGAUGCCAACUGGAAGUGGUGGUAGAGGCGGAGUUGGAGUAAGAAUGUUUCCCGAGCUUGAGAUGUUGUGUAUUAGUAAAUGUCCAUUGUUAAAAAGUACUCCAAAUCAAUUUGAAAUCUUACGUGAAUUAAGGAUUGAAGGAGUUAACAAUGAAAUGCCAUUGUUGAACUUGUGCAGCAACUUGACUUCUCUCAUUGAGCUUUUUGUCAAUAAUGUGAAAGAGCUCACUUGUCUUCCACAUGAAAUGCUACACAACAAUUUUUCUCUUCAACAUCUAUGGGUCUUAAAUUGCGGAGAGUUUCGUGAAUUUCCACAGAGUUUGUACAGUCUCCGUUCUCUUAAGAGCUUGAUAAUUAAGGACUGCACCAAUUUCAGUUCCAUUCCUGUUCCCAGUGGACAGAAUCAUUUGACUUCCCUCCAAAGUUUUCAGUUAUACAAUUGUGAUGGAUUGACUAGCUUACCAAGUGGUCUGCUAGAGCAUUGUCCGUCUCUGGAGUCUUUGGCAGUCUACAACUGUAACAACUUAGUUUCCUUCCCUUUACAUGUGUGGGAAAUGCCUUCACUUUCAGCUAUAGCUAUAUCAGAAUGUCCCAAACUGAAUAGUGUACCCACAGGGGGCCUUUGCUGUCUCACUGGUUUAAGGGCAUUGUCAAUAGGUCCUUUCUCAGAGUUGGUGGAUUUUGGCGCAUUCCAAUUGAUUUUUAAUGGCAUUCAGCAGCUAUCGUCCCUUCGUACAUUGUGGAUGUAUGGACGUGCGCACUGGGAUUCUCUGCCCUAUCAGCUUAUGCAACUUUCUGCCCUAACAGAGCUUGGAAUGGUUGAAUUUGGAAUCGAGGUUCUUCCUCAUAGUCUUGGCAACCUUACUUCUCUUGGAAAAUUGACGCUAGUGAGGUGCAAACUUCUAAAACAUGUGGACUUCUUAGAUGCCAUGCCCAAAUUACGGCAUUUGGAGAUCCGUGAUUGUCCAUUGUUAGAAGCUCUGUUGGAUGGGCUCGUCAACCUUGUUUCUUUGGAAGAGUUAAUUUUAAGGAACUGCGAAAAACUACAACAUCUGCCAUCUAGAGAUUCCAUUCAACGGCUCACCAAAUUACGGCACCUGGAAAUUCAUAACUGCCCACAGUUAGAAGAAAGUUGCACCAAUCUGACAAGCCAAAUUACGGCUCCCAUAUUUCAGUUUUUCCGCAAGUCUCUGUUUCUCUUUCAGUUUCUGAGUCUAUCUUUUUUCUUUUUCAAAAUCUCCUCCAUCCUCCUCUCCCUAAAUUUCCAAAACUUCUCAUUCCCCAAACCAAUACAUGUUACUGUAGUACUGAAGAAUUCCAGGAAAAAAAAAAGUUCUAUAUUAAUUCAAUCCUUCAACUUGCAAUUAUAUGACAUCACGAAAAAUGCAAAGUUAUCAGUGAAUUGAAUGCUUUCCCUUUAGUAUUUUGCACUUCCACUUGAAACUGUUGGAUUUUCCAUGUGGAUUUUUCACUUGAAACCUCUUCUUUUUUUUCUUCUACUUGUUCUUCUUUUAUUCCUUGUAAUAGGAAAAAUAGCUUGUUUUUGAAGUUAUUUAUACAGACUGGGCAGAUAGGAAUAACCGAACAAGUAAUUGAAAACCAAAGACCUCUGAGAACGAUUUGCUCAGAGUCAGCACUCUAAAUAAUUACUCUCUUCAGCUGGUGCUCUACAAGGAUGCAAAUGCAUCACAAAAGGUUGCUCUAAAGUUUGGCAUUUCCUUUUGCAGAUUAAAUUUCAAUUGAACUGCGAAAUUAUAUUAUCCACAUUCAGACCUUGUUUGGGUACGAAGCAACAUUUUCAGGAAACUGAAGUCUACAUAUGAAAUAUCAAUAAACCCAAAGCUUAAAGGGGUUUCAGUGAGAAGCUAUACGGGUCUCUCCUUCGUCUUUGGAUGGCCUUCUUUGCCUUUUUAUUCCCCCUGUACUAUGUUGAAGAUAAUAAAGGGUGUACAGGGAGGUGCAAUUGAAUUAUGUUCAUGAGCUAUCCCUGCGAUGUAGCUGUGGAGGUUGCUAUGACACAAAGACAAAAUGGAUGUGCAGUAUUAGCUGCACCUUGCUUCCAUGCCAGCCUAGACUUAAAAGUUGUGUAGAAGGAUGCUUUUCUAGCAGUCUCCCUUGGGGAAGAACUGAGACUUGAAUGGAUUGAACAGUUUGAGGGACAUUCAUCCAGUAGGUUGAAAGAUUCUCUACUUUUAUAGGACCAAUAUUUCCAUUUAAGCAUCUUCCAAGUUGUUAAUCUCCUAGAUCCCUUGGGCACGGAUUGGAACAUUGUGCAGAGUGGUGCCUUUGGAGACCGUGAUUGCACAAAUCUGGGAAAUUAGGAUACCGGGAGAGCAGAUAUAGGAGGGGUGAUAAGAGACUCUAAUUGAGAUCUCCUCAUGGCUAUUCUCAAUACCUGUUCAAUGUAAAAGCAACAAUGAGGCAGAAGCUGUAGCAGUUAAACUUGGUGGAGAACGGUGUAUACAGCUAGGCUACACCAGAUUUCAUCUAGAGCUUGAUUCUCUGAUUGUUGCCAACAUGAUUACAGAAGGAUGUACCAACAAUGCAAAGAUGAAGCAGAUCAUCAGAGAUGCCAAAAGAAGUAUCAACCAUGCAGAAGUUGUGGUCUCUCAUUGCUAUAGAGAAGCCAAUCAGGUGGCUGACGCUUUAGCCGAAAGAGCUGCAAUCACUGGCAGCAGUUCCUAUUUCUACUAUUUUUAGAAUCUCCCUAAAGAAGCUAGAGGUCCUUUCCUACUAGAUAAAUGGAAAUUGCCUAGUAUACGAAGUAGAUUCAUGGUUGAAACAAACGGCAUGGACCUUGUCGAAAUCGUAGGCUGUAAAAGACUUCUCUUAUAUGUGUUUCAGUGUCAUGGUAGGCAAGGGAAAUUGCAUUUGGUAAACUCAUUUGCAUUUGGCUGAAUCUGGAUUAGAGAUAUUAUUUCCUUGUAUGUGGAAAAUCCUGGACUAAGAUUUGACAUCAGAGGCCUUUCUUGCACAGUGCACAUGCUACACCUGCCUCUUCUUAUAAAUAGAAUUUGUCUCCAGCAAACACUUCAAACUUGUAGCACUUAUCUGCUGUAUCAUUACCUAGUUGAUAGUUUCUUUAAUGUAUUCUGUUUUUCCUUCUGAAAUUUAUCUUGCUUUAUUUAUGUCCAAACACUAUGAUGGCUCAAAUCUAAAGUUUGCGUUCCGAA